GAGUGUUGUGCGUUUGUAGCUCCCUAGAGUUUUAUUCUUCUGAGGAAAUCUCUAUUUUACUAUUACUUUCUGUUGUUUAAAGUGAUAAAAUAUAGCUUUUUUCCCCACCAGAUUUCUGUUAUUAUCCAUCAAACUAAUCCGAUCGCUCGUUUUUAAUCUAUAACCGCCAGUGCAACGCCGCGCUGUGCGUUAGCAUUCCGUUUGCCGGUUAGCCUGCCAUUUGCGUUCCCACUCACGUCUCUAUUCACGUCUACUACCGCUUUCCUUUCUUCCCUCGCUCUCGUUGAUCGCUCGUUUUUAUUGUACAACCGCGAGUGCAGCGUGUUUGUAGUGUUAGCCGGUUAGCUUGCCAUUCACUUUUAAUUUUUCUCUACGCCUUUUUCUACACAAGUUCAUCAGACAACAGUGGUGAGUUGAAAUCAUUCUACAUCUACGGUGAGUAAUGGCUUCUUCUCCUUUCCUGGUAACCUGCAUCACCUGUCAUAUGUAUAGUUUAUCAAUCUCUGUCGGCAGCGAGGGAUUCACAUGUGAUAAAUGCAGGGAAAUAGUUAGGCUGACAGAGAAGAUUUCAGAACUAGAGACACGCAUCCAAACUUUAAUCGAGGAUAGUAAGAAUGUGAGGGCAUUAGAUAUGGCUUUGGAUGCGACUAGCUUAGGAAGUCCCGUACAUUGUUCGGUUCCGGUAACUUCGCCUUUGCAGCAGGGCAACUGGGUGACUGUGAGACGGCAUAGUCGCGGGUCAAAACACCGCUCUUCCGUUCCGAUCAGAACAUCAAACAGGUUCUCCCCACUCAGUGACGCACCCACUGAGAAACCUGAUCAAAGUGCUCUAGUUAUUGGCGAUUCUAUUGUACGGAACGUGAAAAUAGAGACACCAGCCACCAUAGUCCAAUGUUUACCGGGAGCCAGAGCGCCUGACAUCUUGGCAAAUUUAAAAGUGCUGGCUAAUGCUAAACGUAAAUUCAGUAAGAUCGUUAUUCACGUCGGCACAAAUGAUGUUCGACUUCGCCAGUCGGAGAUCACUAAAAAUAAUGUUAAAGAGGUGUGUGAACUUGCAAGUACGAUGUCAGACACUGUAAUAUGCUCUGGCCCCCUCCCUGCGUAUCGUGGUGACGAGAUACAUAGCAGACUGUCGUCACUGAAUGGCUGGAUGUCUAAGUGGUGCCCGCAGAAUAACAUAGGUUUCAUAGACAAUUGGACAAGUUUUUGGGGCAGACCUGACCUGUUGAAAAGAGAUGGUCUUCAUCCCUCCAGGGGUGGUGCUGCUCUUCUCUCUAGUAAUAUGGCAUAUAGUCUUAGAGUUUGCACUUGACUAACUGGGGCCCAGGUCAGGAAGCAGACAGACUGGCUAAUCCGACCGUCUGCUAGCCGCCUCACGUCACCAGAAUCAGUUAAUUCUCAGCACAUAGAGACCCUUUCACCUAGAUAUCAUGCUAUAGAGACUGUGUCUGUUCCCCGAGCUAGACAAUGCAAAAGACGUCCAAACCAAUUUAAGAGUAACAAUCUAAUCAACGUUCAACAAAUAAAAAACUUACAUAAUACAGAGAAACAAAUGAUAAAACUUGGCCUUUUGAAAAUCAGGUCCCUCUCGACAAAAGCGCUUUUUGUAAAUGAUAUGAUCAUUGAUCAUAAUCUAGAUGUGCUAUGUUUGACAGAAACCUGGCUAAAAUCAGAUGAUUACAUUAUCUUAAACGAGUCUACCCCUCAUGAUUACUGUUAUAAACAUGAGCCACGUCUAAAAGGUAAAGGGGGAGGUGUUUCUACAAUUUAUAGCAAUAUUUUUAG